GAGCCCAGGCCCAAGCGUAUAAACCCUAGAAAUUAUAUUAGGGCAUUACAAAACCAAUCUGGUUUACACGUUUUGUGCCCCAGCAGCAGUAGCAGCCUUCUCCGCCCGAACUGCAAUCCAAGCUGCUUAGGGUGAGGAUCCACCCUACAAUUCAACAAAUGGCACCGAAAGUGAAGAAGGAACGGGCAAAACCAACUAAGAGAGAAAAGUCCGAAGUUGAAUCUAUGUCCGAGCCAAGACAUAACAUGGCCGCGUAUUUGCAACCGGAAGGCAAAGUUAGUCCGGAAUUCGAUGGGAUAAUGGAGUAUCUUCACCGGGCACGAAUCAACUACGCCAUUACUACUCAACACACCGCUUACCAGUCUCAGAUCAAGGAAUUCUGGAAUUCUGCUGUGGUUGAAACAGUGGAUAAUCAAGAAGUGAUAAGAGGAUUCGUUACUGAGAAACCCGUGGUGAUCACCGAGAACACCAUCAGAGCGCGUUUGCAAUUGGGAGAUCAACCAGAAGAUUCGACUUCUAUUGAUUUACAGUGUCAGCGUGGUUUAUUGAUGAGGCUAUGUUACUCCGAUAAUGUGCUAGCAAAUCAGAUAAACAAAGGGUCCAUGCCGUUACGAUACAAGUUCUUAUUGCAUAUUCUUAUUCACUGCCUGAGCAACAAACGGUCUGGAUACGAUCUGUCGCCUAUUGAAUUGACGGGAUUGUUUACGGCUUUAAUUCUGAACAAGCCGUUCAACAUAUCACGUUACAUCUUUGACAAUCUGAAAGAGAAUGCCCGCAGGCCACUUCCAUCAGCAAAUCAACGGACGUCAACCAAGUUUUGGUUAUAUCCAAGAUUCUUGCAAAUGAUGAUAGAUGAUCAGAUUCCGGAUCUUCCCAAGGUUGAAGCAGAUGUUCUUCCAGUUAAUCCGAUGAACGAGCGUACAUUGCUGAUCUUCAAGUCUAUGUCUAAGUACAAGGAAUCCGAUCCAGUCAGAAAGCUUAUUGGUCACCUCGAUGUUCCGACCUACGAGGCUCCACAGAACAACAAGUGGCGUCGAGAUGCAAGUGAUUCUGAUGACGAAGAGCCUAGGUUAAUUGCGUUAGCUAACACACAACUCGGGGCUAAGCACGGAAUUAAAGUAUCGAGCAGGAAGUCUGCUGGAAGUUCCAUUGCGGCAACACAUGUUGAAGUUGAUGUGAAUGUUGCUGCGGAAGAAGUCCAAGGAGUGUUCAUCGAAUCUGAUGUCCGUAGUGAUAUUGGUGGUACUGUAGUUGGAGAUACAGGUGGUAGUGCAGGUGGAUAUGGUGGUCCUGCAAGUCGGUCAGGCGAUGAUACGACCGACAAAGGUAAAGGUAAGGUGGACGAGCCGAGGAAGUUGGUGAAUGAAAGCAGUUCGUCUUCUGAUGAUGAAGGAGGUUCUGGUGAUGGUGAUUCGUCUUCUGAGGAUGAUAAUCAUCCUCCUCCAGGGAUGCGAAAGGCUUAUGAUCAGCGUGGGAAUUUUCGUGGCUUUGAACGAAUAGAGAAACCGGUUAGAACCGCAGAAUCUGACAAAGAUGAGGAUUAUAUCCCUGCUGCUCCUCGUUUGAUUAGAAAGAGGAAAGCAAGAAGACAGGGUAUUCGUGCUUCAAAGAAAUCAAAGGACGGAUCAGGGUCAAUAGGUGAAACUGCUGGCGAUGCCCCUAUACCUGUUUCUAUCCAGCAUUCAACGCCUCCAGAGCAUCAGCUACCACCUGUCAGUGAUCAAUUGACUACAUCAGAGAUGCUGGAGCUGGUCUUUUCUCCUCAGACGUCUUCUGGGACACGCACGGCGACUGUUGAUCAACAGCCGCCUGCAACUCUCGUCUCAGGUACACACGUACGGCCUCCUCUUGUUAUUACUGGUCCAACAGGUACUUCCGGUCCAGCUGGUCAGUCUGGUUCCUCAGGACCUGAGCCUUCACGGCCGACUCUAGCAGAAACAUUGUCUAGUUUGUCUGAAGCUGAGAAAAUUCACUUCCUGAUCGAACAAAUCAGUGAAUUGGGUAACUUAGUCGUUCGGAAUACUAGAAAGAUCGAAGAGUAUCGUGUACAACGAACACAGGAUGUGGUGGCACACAACAAGCUAGUCUCUAUCGUUGAUGUUCAAAAUCUUAAGAUAAAAGAACAAGCUCUAGAGAUUGAAAGGCUGAAAGAAGCAAACAGGGCUCGUGAUAGGGAAGUUGAGAUAAUGAAAGGGCAUAGCACUGUGUUAGAGCGUGAGGCAAAAGUGUUAAAGCAGAAGCAUGAAGAGCUGUCGGAGCGCUAUAAAAAUCGUGAUGAUCGCUUAAUAGAAGCCUUCAAGCCUGUUCAUGCAAACUUCAAGAAAAUUAAUCACAAAGUAGGUACGCUUUGGAAUGAAAGGUGCAACGCUUUAGGCAUCGUUCCCUCAAAGCGUGGCGAUGACAAAGACGAUGAUGAAGCAAAUCCUGAUCAACCAGCUGCCUCAGGUUCCGGUGCAACUGCAUCCGGUGCUGCAGGUGGGUCUGGUACGUCUCAAGAUGCUCCUACUGCUCUUCCAACAGCUACUACUGGUCCGUCUGAGCAGACUGAAUCUUUGGAAGCUUCGGCAGGGUUUGAACAUGUUAGUCUUGAACCGGAAGCGUUUGCCGACCUCCCUGAAUCCUCAACUGUUCAACAGUAUCAUCCAGUCACGGGUGAACUAUUAGAAGAGGGAGAACAUGUUACAGAGAUGUCUGAUGAACGUGUACUAGCUCUGAAGGAAUUGGAUGAAGUUGAUUUGAAGAUGAUUGAUGCUACUCCGUUAGUUCCGGACGAAACCGAUUUCUCUAUGAUUGAUGAAAUCUUCAUCGGUUCGGAUCCGGAACGUCCUGUUUAUGUUGGUCAAGAUAAUGCGGAGUUUAAUGCUCUUGAUGAUGAGUUUGUGGCGGCGAAGACAGCAGAAUUUGCUAAUCUUUCUUCAGAUUCUCCUACAGCUCAAGAAACCCGUGAGAAGACCGUGAACGAAUGGCGAGCUCCGUAGUGGCCGGAUGAGGGGGAGUAGUGGCCGGAGGAGGGGGAGUUGCUCGUUUCGGAGGGAGAGGCGGAAUGAAUUUGUUACGGGGUUCUCUGAGUGCACUUUUCUUCUGCCUCAAGAGUGGGAUGGUGAACCUCAUGGUUGGUUGUGGAAGAUGAGAAGUCUGUGGAGAAGAAGAAGAUAACAAUGCCUUCUUUAUAUAAGCUCCACAUUUUCACGAAAUUGGAAAUACGAUCAUCCAUAUGUUUUCUUGGUUGAAUUUCUUGUAGAUGACAUAAAUACAUGUUACUAUGAUAUUAAUGUCCAUGAACCUGCGUCCCAGAAUUGAUUUUCAUAUUGUUAUAAGCUCAACCCCAGCCAGGGGCUCUGCCCCUUGGACCCCGCCAGGGGCUGCCGCCCCUGGGACCCCGCUACCAGGGGCUGCCGCCCCCGGACCCCCGCCAAGAUCGUAAAACGCAAUGACUAAAUAAAAACCCGGAUCGUGAAAAUGAAAUUAAAGAAUUUCUUGCAUGGAUCGAAGCCGGGUUCUUCAUCAAUUGAUGAAAUUUGAAUGAUAGAAACACUUAUCAGCGAUUGAAUCGAACAAAUCGAGUGAUUAUCUUCAAAAUCACCAGAAAAAAUGAGAUUUUGAAUGAAAUUAAACUGGGUUUUCUUCGAAAAAAGCUGAAGAACACGUUGAUCGGGUGGUUGAAUCAUUGAUUGAUGACGAAAAUCACACUAUAAUGUAGUGAUUAUUGAGAUAGUAAGUGAAGAAAAGGUUGGAGAUUGUGGGUUUUGAAAAUGGUGAGUUUUGAAGUAACUAGGGAGAAGAAGGAAGAAGAAAUGAUGAGAUUGACUAAAAUACCCUUUCUCUUUAUUUUAAAAUUUGCCACAUGUCAUAAUCCUAUGGCUUCCUAUCCUUCCUAGCCAAAAUUAACUUUCUAUUUGAUCUUUUCCCUUGCUUUUAUAUAAAAACAAAGUAAAAACAUUAGAUGUUGCUAGAUGACAAAUAAAAAAUACUUAAUGAGUCCUGCCUAAACGUAACUUACAGAAAUAAAUUCAAACUAGUGGGUUCUCAUCGUGCUAUGAAGCGGGUUUAAAACGUAGAUAUAAAUAAGCAAAUUGAUACUAACUAACAUGCGAAUGAAUAAAAGCGACCAAAAUUUAUGACUAACAAAAGUGUUGCAAUAUCAGCGACUGAAACAAACUGGUUUGGUUGGAAAAACGAAUACUAAUUAAAUAGAAAAACAAUUUAAUGUUUAAACAUUAUGUCGUUUUAAUUUAAUUUUAAGUUUAUCAAAUUUAAAAUAAAAUUAUUUCUUCUCAGAUAAAAUUUUUUUACAUAUAUCAUAGUGUAUUAAAGGUAAGAGAAUUCUAAAUUAUAUAAUUUAAUUUGUUAUAUUAAAAUAAAAAUUAUUUGUCUAAAAUGUUACAAAUUCGGGGCAUCUCAUACGUUGAAGUUACUCUUUAGCAAUAGUUGUUAAACUGAAAAUUGAAGUUACUCUUAGCAAUAUAGUUGUUAAACUGAAUAUUACAAACAUUCUCAACGGAAACAUCAAAUCUAUCAUUCAAAAACUAUAAUACAACCAUAAUUCAAAGUUCCCUAGACAAAAUAUAACAUAACUUCAAUGCCAUCGCUAUCCAAAGAAGCUCUCUAGCAACCUAAAUAUUAAAUUGAUGUGUAUAUUAAAAGUCAGCUACGUUACGUUGACUUAAUUCCCGCUAAAUAGAACAUUUUAAAACAUUAAUUAUACAUUUUUGUUACCGUUACAUGCUUUACAUAACAUACUUUAACAUUAGCCUUUAUGCUUAAAAUUAAUGUUACAUUCACCAAUAAGCGGUCUAUACAACUAUUGAUAACCCCCGAGGUCACUACCCUAUGAUUGCAGCCUUAGAGGUAACUGUCUAUACUAGCUCCUCACGCGCCAGGUUCGCGACCAUGGACCACACGACAAUACUCGCAACUCCGAAGGUAACUACCCUGUAACAUAAAUCAUUUAUUUAACCAUACAUUUCAGUAUAAAUGUUAGUUUACAACCCUGUGGUCAGACCCCAAAAUCAC